UACAAAUUGUGCUGAAUACAGUUCUUCGUGAUUUAAGACCAAAAGUGAAUACAGCAUAGAGUUAACUGCAAAUGUUAUUUACUGCGGUUAGACAAAGUGUGACGCCCGCUCCGUCCGCUCCUCGUGUGUGCCACGCCCCCUAAUUACCCACGUGUGAUUUCCUGAUCGUGCCCAGUCGUGUCUUGUUUCCUGCUGCCUUGUUUCAUGUAUUUAAGUUCCUGCUUUGUACUAACCCCUGUCUGUCAUUGAUGUUUGUUCGCGUGAGAUCCCCGUUGUUGAAAAAACCCCCAGUUUUUCCCGUAUCCCGCUUGCCUGCCUGCUCCUUCCGCACGAUCGCCGCUCUGCUCGCGAUCGCUGCCUUGUCUCCCGUGACACAAAGCUAGUUAGAUUAGUGUAUUAGGUUUGCAUGUCUGGCUACUUGUAUGUCAAGCAAAGUGUGAUCUAUUUACCAAGCGUAAUGUUUCAUAUUUGGUGGGAGGUCGAAUAUGUAAAAACUUCUUAAAAUUUCAUUUUCAUGCAUUGUUUUUUAUUGGUUAAAUUAGGGGAUUUUAACAAGAGGUUCUUCGAAUGUAUGCUUUUGAAAUUUGAUCUGUUCUAAACACCUCUGUGCUAUGUUAUCGGUGUGAUUUUACUGCACCACCAGGCAAUGAUCCUAAGAAAUUGUAACAUGCAUAUGUCCACAGAAAUGGGUGACUUGAUACAGUUUUUAAGACAAAGAAAUGUUCCAGAAGAAACAAUUGGAACAGGAAAAGAUUGAUGUCAGUGUCAUUCUACUGAUGACAGAUGAGCAACUGAAGACAUACUUGCCAUCUUAUGGAGAUCGUCUGGCCGUGCUUGGAUUUUGUAGGCGGCAGGAAGAUUGUCCCCAAACUCGCAAAUCAAAGCUUUUUGAUCGCCUAAAAUCCAAAUUAUCCAAAAAACAAAGAACUGAGGAAUAUGGAAAAGGCUCAACUCAAAAAUUGGUCACAAAAAAUGCGGAGAAAAGUGUAAGGAAGAUAGAAUUGGGGUGGAUGCAUUAUGAUGAUGAAGAAAAGGUUUUAAAACAAGUGAGAACAAGAAAAGGUGGGGGCACACGGAAAAUUGAUGUCUCAAAGGAUUCAAGCGAAGCAGAUUUGAUAAAAGAAGCGACAUGUCUCUUUUUUCUAAAUGGAAAGAAUGUGAAAGGGAACACCACAGAAUUUGAGUUUGACUUGAAAGACUAUCAGGAAAUGUCAGUGGAUGAAAGUGCAACAGUGGGGAAAUUGUACGAAGACACUAAAUUGCCACUUCUUAGGUUCUACUUGGCAACGAAAACAAAAAAUAGUACACAAAAUCAGGGGAAUGCAAAUGUAGAAUUUUCUGAAGAAAAUUUUUCAGGAUUUUGAGAGUUCCACCCCUUAUUAUAGAACAGUCAUCUCAUACAUCCCAAAAUGCAGAUGUACCAGAUGUUAUCUACAUUGGGAAUGAGAGAGACACUUCCAGCACCCAAAGCAUAUCUUUUCUUCACUCCACAGAGGUAGUGAGCACUGAACCAUUUACUUUGGAUCUUUUGGAAGACAGUAACGUAGUUACAUUCGUCACAGAUAAUCAUAGAGGCAUUACUGAGCAAAGCAUGGAUGACACACUGCCUAUGUCUCCUGAAAGUCAGAAAACACCAAGAAUUCUAGUUGUUCACCGUGGAAAUGUACUUCUUGAACUUAUUUCACAUUUUUCUGAUGAAAGUAUUCUAAGCAAAAAUGUGAAAAUCCAGCUUGUACUGCCAGAUGGACAUUUUGAGAUGGGACAUGAUGAUGGAGGAGUAGUAAGGGACUGUCUUUCUGAAUUCUGGCAUGACUUUUACGACCAGUGCACCAUGGGUAGUUCUUUGAAAUUGCCUUUUCUUCGUCACGAUUUUGGCCAAGCACAGUGGGAAAGUGUUGGCCGUAUAAUAGCUUUUGGAUGGCGGAAGGAAAAGUAUCUUCCUGUCAGACUAGCUCCAGUGAUUUUGGAACAAGCAGCCUCUGGGUAUAUCAAGAGUGAUUUAAUUGAAAAUUUCCUCAAGUUUGUUCCAGAAGGAGACCAAGCAGUUUUCGAAUCUUGGCGAUCAGACUUUGACAGUGUUGACAAGGAUGAAUUACUUGAGAUUUUGGAUAAUUACCUGUGUAGGAAAGGGCCAACAGCCAACAAUUUUGGAGAUAUCCUUCAAGAGCUAGCACACAAAAAGCUGCUCCAAGAACCUGCAUAUGUCAUUGAUCAGUGGGCAACCACACUUUCAACUGCUGGGCUAGAAAUUGAGCAGAUUUUAACAACUUACGAGUAUCUGCUUCCGACAAGCAGAAAAGUUGUGAAGUCCCUUUCCUUCCCAGAGGCACUGAACACCCAGGAGAAGGACAUUCAGAGGUAUGUAACUACAUAUGUGAGGGAGUCUGACCCGCAACGACUGUCGCUGUUUCUCAGAUUUUGCACAGGAUCUGAUUUAUUUCUUGGUAAAAUCAUUAGCAUUAUCUUUACGCAAAUAAAAGGCUUUCAGCGGAGACUUAUAGCGCAUACUUGUGGCUGUGUGUUGGAAUUGUCACUCCACUAUGACAGUUAUCCAGAUUUCAGAUCAGAGAUCAACAAAGUUCUGGAAUCAAAUGUAUGGGUAAUGGACAUUGUUUAAAAAGUUUGUGGUACUGAAAGUCCACUGUGACUUACGCAAAUGUGUACCAUGCAUGUCUUAAAAUGCACAAUGUAGUGUUUGUUAACUUUGUUCCAUGUAAAGUUUGAUUAUAUCAGUUACACCAUGGACACACAAUUGUGCACAUUUUGUAUUGAAACAUUUUACCUACACUGAGUGACUUUGUAGCCCUGAACCUUUAUCUUUUGUUUGAAUUAGACUUAUUUGUUUAAAGUGUCAACACCCAACAAAAAGGAGGAAAAGUUUAAAAAUCCAAAAGAAAAGGGUAAAUGCUAGUGUUAAUUCAGAUUAAUGCAAGUGUUCAGAUGUUUUAGACAUUUUAUGCUUAGGUGUCUUUUGAAUUCAAGAAGUUUAAUUUGAAUGUUCAGAUGUUUUAGACAUUUUAUUCUGAGAUUUUUUAUAUAUAUAAUUAUCGUUAUAAGAAACUUAUAUGUUUUGGUGCUGUGCACUUUAUUUUCACUCUAUACAGUUUAUUUCUGUUAAUGUAUUGGAUAUUGCACAGGAAUACAUUAAAACAAAGUAAUUUAAGACAAAAAAUGGACUAAUAAACAGUGUUUGGACUAAUAAAUAAU